CCUGUACGUGUCCUUUUGAUUCUGGUCACAUCUAGCUAGGUGCCACUGGACAGUUCUGAUAGGCUCUGAUAUCAGAAAAUAUCAGAACAACACAGCACGAUUUGCCGAAUAGGGAUGUCACCAGAUAGCUGUCAAUGAACAGCAAUGUCACCAACAGAUUAUCAUGCGCUGAUGGUUGCUGUGUGGGCGACAUUUUACGGCGCUCUCUCUUUUUAUACUACAUGCAGGUGGCUUAGUACCGGCUGCGGAUAUCAAGUUAACGUUGUAUGAUUUGACACGCAUGUCCAAGAAGGCGCCGGCGCAUAAAAGCAGAGGCCAUUCAGAUAUUGUGUGCAACACACAUCUCACAUCCAAUCUACCAUGAAAAAUACAUCAUCAGGCAAUACAUCUCCUAAUGCCAAAUCUCUUCCUGGUUCCGCCAACCCUCCAGAUGCGGGGGUUGACAUAUCAUCCACUGACUAUGCCCGCAGGCGUAGAGAGCUUAUGAAAAUGAUGUCUGACCUCAAAUCCAUGGGUGCCGAGGCGCUCAUCGACUUACCAUCUGUAGUCGUCAUCGGUGGCCAAUCAGCGGGCAAAAGUUCGCUCGUCGAAGCCGUUAGUGGGAUCAAUGUCCCGAGAGACAGCGGAACGUGUACAAGAUGUCCUAUGGAAUGUACGAUGUCUAGUCAUGCCACGUCGUGGUCUUGCACUAUCACCUUACGGAUGGGCUUCGAUAAUAACGGCCGAGACCUGCCAGUGCAAAAGACCACUACGCAGCUCUUUGGCCGAACGAUUACCGACAGAAGUGAGGUUGAAGUUUGGCUGCGUCGUGCCCAGUCAGCCAUUCUGAACCCGAAUGUUCCUUCUUCGAAUUUCCACACGAAGACCAUCGAGGAACUCAGGAGCAUGAAGAAUACACUGAAGUUCUCCCGAAACGUUGUGUCUGUCUCGAUUGAAGACCCCGAUGCGACAGACUUGUCGUUCUAUGAUCUGCCGGGUUUGAUCCAAAACGAAGAAGCCGAAACUGUUGCCCUCGUGAAAAGUCUGGCGGAACAUUACACCAAGAAGGAGAACACCAUCAUAUUGACCACAAUUCCCAUGAGUGAUGAUAUGGAAAAUCAACAAUCCAUGACUCUUGCCAGGGCCGCAGACCCCGACGGAAAGCGAACGAUUGGUGUCCUUACGAAACCUGACACGCUCGGCGCCGGUGCUAUCAACCAGCGCCGAAAAUGGGUAGAAAUCAUUGAGGGUCGCUCGGAGGAUCACACAUUAAGACACGGUUUUUACUGCGUGCGUCUUCCCGAUGAUGCCGAACGGACACAACGCCUGUCUCGUGCUGAAUUGCAAAGGCGUGCUACUGAAUAUUUCGACACCACGUCGCCCUGGAAUGGCGUGACCGACCGUCGUCGGUUUGGAAUUCCGGGUUUUGUAUCCGAUGUAAGCCGACUGCUGAUCCAGCUAAUUGAAGAAACUUUACCGCGCCUCAGAGAAGAUGUCGACAAGCUCCUUGCCCAAUGUAACAAGGAAUUCGAUGCAUUGCCCCCGCCGCUUGCAAACGACCCACAAAUCGAGGUUUUAGGACGUGUUAAUGCAUUCUGCGAUGUCUUCAAGAGUUUUGUGAAUGGCAGUCACGAAGACAAACGUCUUGCGCAGCGGAAUCGCGCGCUCUAUUCUAUUUUCAAGAGGAAUAUACGCGGCACUGCUCCUGAUUUCAGGCCUUUUGAAAAACCGGAAGAGUAUGUUCCACUGGAUGAUACUGAAGGGAAGAUGACCCUUAUUGAGCGAGAUCCUGGCGUGAAAGUGAUGGGCAUAUAUGAAGUCAGCAGGGUCAUCCAAGAGGCAAUUGGAUGGGAGCUUCCGAACAAUGUGCCCUAUCAGGCGAAGGCGAAUCUCAUCGCUCAAUUCACUAAACUCUGGGUUGCUCCGUCUGAGCGCUGUCUUGCAGGUAUCAAUGAUGUGCUCGAUCAAGUCAUCGACACACUCAUAAGCAUCCAUUUUGGACGCUUCAAAGUGCUCGAGGGUUAUGUUGGCGAUUUGAUUAGAAGUCAUGUUGGUGUCUGCAAAGCACAUGCCCAAGAAGCUGUUAAAUCGGCUUUGGCUCUGGAAACUACUCCGCACUAUACUCAGAACACGCACUAUCUUCAAACACUGCGCGAAAAAUGGCUGGCUCGUUAUAAGAUAGUUCGGAGUAGAGCUUCUCAGUAUAAGGCCCCCGUACAUCAUAAUCAGGAGCAUUAUUCAACCACGUCCUCUGAUGACGAUUCUGAGGAAGCGUCGAUGGUGGAAGGAGUGACGGAAUACGAAGGACCGACGGAGCAGGUAUAUUUUUCGGAUUCACCAAGGGCAUAUCGUCCACAGUCGUCGUCUUCGGCACGGAUACAACCAGCUAUACGGGCUGUACCCCCACAGGCUCCUGUUUUGAAUUCGACCUCUUGAUCCCGCGUUUACUCGUCGUCGGAGACGCCCGAGGCCAAAGCUUUGAGGGCACUUGCAGAAGCGGGGUAUGCCAAUAUUGGGAUACCGGAUCUUGCGCGUCUGUUACCUCCCGACUCCUUCCAGGAAGAGCUAAUUGUGAUGGCUGAUGUUCGAGCCUAUUAUCACGUUGCC